AUGUCUCUGUGGCAUUCCACUCUUUUUCUGUCGCUACUGUUUGGUAGCAAAAUCCUCUUGGCGCACUCGACAUUCACGACAAGGUACCAAUCCACCGACAUUGUCAAUGUCCCUCUCGUUAUUCAGGUUCCUUACAACACCAUUGAGUCCAAAACCUACUUUCUGACUUGCCCGACUGGUACCGACGUCGAAGUUCCGGGGCCAACCAUCUACGACGAAAACGGUGAACUUGUCUGGUUUGGGUCCGAUGUCGGGGACUGCAUGGACCUGAACGUUCAAACGGUCAACGGAGAGACGGUGUUGACCGUCUGGAAUGGGACGAAGAAUAGUGCAGGCACCGCUAUCAUGACGACGUUCUAUCCUAUCCAACAGGACCUCAGCUCGGUGGGGGGCUCUUCUUCUGGAUGGCUCUUGGCUUCCGGGUUUCAAGAAGUCAGUAUUGCAGACGGAAUGGUGCUGUUCAACUGGAGCGCUGUCGACCAUAUGCCCCUCAACGAGAGUUACGAGACAAUAAGUGGCGACGUAGGCACGACCUCGGACACUCCUUGGGACGCGUACCACAUCAACUCGAUCUCCAAGGACUCGAAUGGGGAUUAUUUGGUCUCUUCACGGUCUCUAUUUCCUACCGCUGGUUCAGAAAACCAGAAUAUCAUGAAGGUCUCGAAAGAUGACGGUGCGGUCAUCUGGAAACUGGGUGGGAUGACAUCCAACUUCACCCUGGACACCGAAUCAACGUUCUACGGGCAACACCACGUCAGGUGGCAUGAGGGCGAUACUAAGCUGUCUAUCUUCGACGACGGCAUCGAAUCUGUGGAAAAUCUUGAGAAGACCUCACGGGGUAUUUAUCUAGAUGUGAACCAAGAGGCUCUCACAGCCUCGCUCGUCUACCAAUACCUACCCCUCGAGUCCGUAGAGAACUGGUCUCUCAGCCAAGGUUCUAACCAGGUACUCGACAACGGAAAUGUGGUAGUUGGUUUCGGAAGCAAUCCUUGGAUCGCAGAGUAUACUCUGAAUGGUACCACGGUCUUCUUCGCGACGUUCGGAAUGGACGGUGAAACAGGAAACAGCCCGCUUCAGAACUACCGCGCGUACAAAGUCUCCAAUUGGGUUGGAAAUCCUACCACAUCCCCUGACAUUGCCGUCACCGGCUCUUGCGAUGACCUGACGGUCUAUGUCUCCUGGAACGGUGCCACCGAAGUCACUUCCUACGCCUACUUCUCUGGACCUUCUGCUUCCAAUCUUACAGGCCAAUUCAACGUCACGCGCUCCGGCUUCGAGACAUCCUGGAACGAUAACUCGACCUCACCGGCGUAUGUGCGUGUGGCGGCGGUGGCGGCGGACGGGACUGUGCUGGGCUGGACGAAUACAACGGCUGUGGAUGCUUAA